AUGCCUUCACGCAGGAUAUUACCGAAGCUCUCCAUCUUCUCUUCCCGAAAAUCAUCAUCCUCUGUCUGCGCGCCACCAUCGACCAACAGCACGUCGACACCCUUGUCACCUCCGGCACGCCUCCACCUCCGCAACGUUCUGCCUUCGUCCCCCGAUGCCCUGAUGACCCCCCCGCCGCCACCUCGUCAGCCCCGUCCUUGGCUAUGGCAGUGCCACGGCUGCCUCACGGUCUACCGCAUCGGUUGCACGCGCCGCUGUCUCGCCUGCGGCCACACCUACUGCGUGUCCGCCAACCCUACCACCGCCGUGAAGUCCACCCGCGGCAAAAAGCGUCGUCGUGGUGGCAUGUGCGCCUCCGAGUUCGACUAUGACGGCUGGCAGGAAUGGGGCGCGUGGCGGCGUAAGGUCCUUGGUUUCGAAGCCAGGGGCCGCUGCGGGCAAAGAGAGCGCGAUCGUGCUUUCGUCCAGAAGACGCACAACUGCAUGAUUGACUGUGACUCUCCCUCGCGGUGCCACCACAGGCGCUACCAGGUUGCGUAUGAGGCUCUCGAGAGGAAGUACGCCUUUGAGGUUUACGACGAGGAGCCAGAGUCGCCGACGAUUGUGGCAAGUGAGCCACGCAGCCCCGAUGACGACCUGCCGCUAAACGAGGCAUUAGAGCUAAAAGAGGGCGAGGAUGACGACGAGGAGCCCAAGAGCCCUACCAGUCCCAAAAGCCCGCUCAGCCAGUCGAGCUUCUUCUGGGACGAGCCCGAGAGGAAGAAGAGGAAGCAAAAGGGGGAGAAGAUCUGGUGGGCCGAGCAAAAAACAAGUUCGCCUGCUGUCGACACCAGCGGCAUGGACUCCCAUACGCUGCAGGGUCUUAUGGCCGAGGACGACAAACUGAUGCCCGCCGACAUUAAUUACACGGCAGGCCCACGCAGGACAGGAACAUCAUCCAGGCAGGCUGCCGCGCCUGAUGUAUCUGCGGGUACUGGUACAUUGACGGUCCGCAACCUGACUGACAGAGAUAUCUGGCAGGAUUGUGAGUCGGACUCGGACGAGAGCAGCGACGGUGACUCGGACUCGGACUCUAAUUCGGAUGAAGAGUGGGUUACUAGUCUGGCGCCGCCUCCACGCACAGCAUACGCCGGUCAUGACAGUCAGCAGAGUAGUCGGGUCGAAAUGGACACGGACAAAGGCCUUAUUCCCUCGGUCGAACUUGGGGACGCGUUCUUGAUACGGGAAGUGUUGUGGUAA